GCAGCCAUGAUGCAGGAAGGGCUGGACGACGGACCCGACUUCCUCUCCGAGGAGGACCGGGGACCCAGGGCAGUGAAUGUGGACCUGCAGACUGAUGCCACCCUGCAAGUGGACAUCUCGGACGCCCUGAGUGAGAGAGACAAGGUCAAGUUCACAGUUCACACCAAGAGCACGCUCCCAAACUUCAAGCAGAACGAGUUCUCGGUGGUGAGACAGCAUGAGGAGUUCAUCUGGCUCCAUGACUCCUUUGUGGAGAAUGAGGACUAUGCCGGCUAUAUUAUUCCUCCUGCCCCCCCCCGACCAGACUUUGAUGCGUCCAGAGAGAAGCUACAGAAACUGGGAGAGGGUGAAGGUUCCAUGACCAAGGAGGAGUUCACCAAGAUGAAACAGGAACUAGAGGCAGAAUACCUGGCUAUCUUUAAGAAGACAGUGGCCAUGCACGAGGUCUUCCUUUGUCGUGUGGCAGCACAUCCUGUUUUGAGGAAAGACAUCAAUUUCCACGUCUUUCUGGAAUACAACCAGGAUCUCAGUGUGCGAGGCAAAAACAAGAAGGAGAAGUUGGAAGACUUCUUUAAGAAUGUGGUGAAGUCGGCAGAUGGCGUAUUGGUGGCAGGAGUGAAGGACGUGGAUGAUUUCUUUGAGCAUGAGAAGACGUUCCUUUUAGAAUAUCACAACCGAGUAAAAGACGCCUCCGCCAGGUCAGACAGAAUGAUCAGAUCUCACAAAAAUGCUGCAGAUGACAUCAACAGAAUCGCCUCUUCACUCUACACGUUAGGAACGCAGGACUCCACAGACAUCUGCAAGUUCUUCCUGAAAGUGUCGGAGUUGUUUGAGAAAACGCGGAAAAUCGAGGCGCGGGUUGCAGCAGAUGAGGACUUGAAGCUGGCAGACUUACUUAAGUACUACCUCCGCGAGUCCCAAGCCGCCAAGGACCUGCUGUACCGGCGAGGCCGAGCGCUAGUGGACUACGAGAAUGCCAACAAGGCUUUGGACAAAGCUAGGGCCAAGAACAAGGACGUGCUGCAGGCCGAGACCAGCCAGCAGCUCUGCUGCCAGAAGUUUGAGAAGAUCUCCGAGUCAGCCAAGCAAGAGCUCAUUGACUUCAAGACGAGACGGGUUGCAGCGUUCAGGAAGAACUUGGUGGAGUUGGCAGAGUUGGAGCUCAAACAUGCGAAGGGAAACCUUCAGCUGCUGCAGAGCUGCCUGGGCGUCCUAAAAGGAGACACUUAACCACCUCCCGCCCCCCUCCACCCCACCCACCCACACCCACCCAC